AUGGUCGUUAGCAACGACAGUUCUUCGUCAGGCGAGGAGCGCGAAGCUCUCGAGGUGACGCCGACUCCAGAGGUAACACCUACGCCUACACCAGUAACUCCACUCCCCCCUCCUGCGUCUAUGGAAACCAUCCUGGCACGCCUCGCCCUACAAGAAGCGGCGCAGAAGGCAGCAGUUGACCAAAUCACGGCGAUAUCAAAAAUCUUUGCUCCUAUCGCUGCAAACGCCAAAGCUUCAACGGCGCAAUAUCGUCGACACCUGUUCGCCACAGAACGAACCACCAACGUAGCACCUACGUGGGACAACAAUAACCAAAGCGCCGGUAACGACAUCAACGUGCACACCGCAAGCGAACUAGCCGCGUUGAAACAGUCGGUCCUCGACAUCAAUUUGAAGAUCCACCAGGUGACGACAUCCGCGCCCCAAAUCGAGCAUGUACUCGCGGAAUCUCUUCGUACCCCCUUCACGCAAAAGGUUACCGGCGUGCGGCUCCAGAAGAUGGAGAAACUCCGUCAUCCAACAUUCAAAGGUCUCUCUGACCUUUCUACUCACGUCACGUCUUUCAGCAUAGCGAUGCGAUGCGUAAACCUGACCGACGAAGACAAAGACGCCGGCUUCUGCAAACUCUUCGUCGAAACCCUAGAAGGACCGGCCCUUACUUGGUUCACCGGCCUUAGAGAAAACUCCGUCGACUGUUUCCACGACCUCUCAACGGCUUCCCUUAAGAAUUAUAUCAUGUUCACCAACAAGGAAGCGACCGUGUCAGAUUUGUGGAACCUCACUCACGUCAGCGGCCAAAGCCUCCGCGACUUCAUGGAGAAGAUCUCUACCGAUACCCGACAAAAUCCAUCUCCGACGCCAUCGCUCGCUCGCAACUUUAUCCGCAUGGAAGAAGACACAAGAGCAAAAUUCGUAAAAGAAGCAGCAGUGAAACUACGACCCGCCCGAACAAACAACACCCAACCCGAGCCCCGCCAGCACUCCUCCGGUGGAAACACCACUCAGAAGCGAGGCUACUUUAGCUCGGUCGGUGAUGAGGAAUCUCCAAAAUCAGCAGCCAUCACGCGAGAGAAAGGCUGGAACCACUGGGAUCGAGACUCCGCUCCAAAGCAGUCAAGCUCAUCCGAACCAGCGAGUUCAAACUCCGAGGAGCCAAAAAAAUGGUGCCUCUACCACAAAAGGGAUUCCCAUGAUACGAAGGAAUGCAAGGUCCUCAUCGGGCAGUUUUUCGACGGGAUCACUAAUGGGACAAUCCAAAUGCCCACGUCUCCUACGACACCGAAAAACACCAAAAGCUGGAGUAAGAACAAGGAGAAGAAGGCACAUAAGUCUCAAAAGAACACGGCCCGAGCGAGGAAAGAGCAAGCCCUGAGCGCACUCCUGUCAACAACGUCGGCCCCGCCAAUGAUUCGUCAGAAGACGAACACCUGCGUCGCCGGCGACGAGUAG